GUUACCGCUGAUCGCCAUCGUGACUGUUCGUCAGUUGUUUGCCGCGCGGGUGUAUGCGUGUGCUCUCUCAACGAAUUCAGUCCAUACAUUUCAUUUUUCUUUACUUUUGCCGACUCAUAUACUAUUAUUUUGUAGUCUCACUUAUCCGGAUUACGCGAUUAUCGUGGUUUGACUUGCAUCGAGCUCAGUACACUCAUCAUCUACAGAAUGGAACAGGUGGUUUGGGUUCCAGACCCUAAAGAGGGUUUUGCCUUGGCUACAAUAGUGGAUUUAGGUAUGGAUGAAGUUACUGUACAGCUUAUGGGAACAUCUAGAACACGUCAUACACUACCAUUAGACAGAGUUUAUACUGCAGAUCCUCAUUUUGACAGCAAAGAUGUUGAUGAUAAUUGUUCAUUAAUGCAUUUAAAUGAAGCAACUCUAUUGAACAAUGUUAAAAUACGAUAUUCAAAAGAUAAAAUUUAUACUUAUGUUGCAAAUAUUUUGAUCUCUAUAAAUCCUUAUAUAGAAAUUAAGAAUCUUUACUCUAAUGAAGUUAUGCAAAAAUAUAAAGGAAAAUCUCUUGGUGUCUUACCACCUCACAUUUUUGCUAUUGCUGACAAGUCAUUUCGUGACAUGAAAGUAUUAAAACAGUCUCAAUCUGUUAUUGUGUCUGGUGAAUCUGGAGCUGGAAAAACAGAAUCUACUAAACAUUUGUUACGUUAUUUAUGUUAUCAAUGGGGUUCUACAAAUGGGCCAGCUGCUGAUCAAAAGAUUUUGGAUGCAAAUCCUGUAUUGGAAGCAUUUGGAAAUGCUAAAACUACACGCAAUAACAAUUCAUCACGUUUUGGAAAAUUUAUGGAAGUGCAUUUUGAUAAUUCAUGUUCUGUAGUUGGAGGAUAUAUUAGCCAUUAUUUAUUAGAGAAAUCUAGAGUUUGUAUACAAAGUUCUGAAGAACGUAAUUACCAUGUUUUUUAUUUACUUUGUGCUGGAGCUUCAACAGAAAUACGUACCAAAUUAUCACUUGCAAAUCCAGAUUCUUUUAAUUAUUUAAAGAAAGGUUGUACUCAGUAUUUUACCAAUAGUCAAACUAGUAAUAAACUAGAUAAUAGUCAAAGAAGUCAGUUACAAAAUAAAUUAGGGGGCAUAAGAGAUCCUAUGUUAGAUGAUGUUAAGGGUUUUUCAACUAUGGAUGAGGCCUUGAGUAGAUUAGGUUUAUCAACUAAAGAAAGAUGUGAUAUUUAUACUAUAGUAGCAGCUGUUUUACACCUAGGAAAUAUUGAGUUUGAAGAAAAUUUAGAGAGUACUAAAGGUGGAUGCAAAGUAACUGAUAAAACAGAAAAAAGUUUAUCUAUAGUUGCUGAUUUAUUAUCUGUUAAUGUUGAUGAACUUCGUCAAGCUUUGAUUACAAAAGUAAUGAUGACUAAUCGAGGUGGCCUUAAAGGAACUGUAAUUAUGGUACCCUUGAAACAAUACGAAGCAAACAAUGCCAGGGAUGCCUUAGCAAAGGCUAUUUAUGGAAAAUUGUUUGACCAUAUUGUAAAUAGAAUUAAUUUGAGUAUUCCAUCUAAAGCAUCAAAUUACUAUAUAGGAGUUUUGGACAUAGCUGGUUUUGAAUAUUUCACCAUUAAUAGUUUUGAACAAUUUUGCAUUAAUUAUUGUAAUGAAAAACUUCAACAAUUUUUCAAUGAAAGAAUUUUGAAAGAAGAGCAAAUGUUAUAUGAACGUGAAGGUUUAGCAGUGAAAAAAAUAGAAUUUGUUGACAACCAAGAUUGUAUAGAUUUAAUUGAAUCAAAAAAUGGUGGCAUAUUUAAUUUAUUAGACGAAGAGUCAAAAUUACCAAAACAAAGUAGUGAACAUUUUACUACAGAAGUGCACAAAUGUUGGCAAGGCCAUUUCAGAUUAGCUUUAGCUAGAACUUCUAAACUGAAGGCUCACCGAGAAAUACGUGAUGAUGAAGGUUUCAUGGUUAGACAUUUUGCAGGAGCUGUUUGUUAUCAAACAGGGCAAUUUAUUGAUAAAAACAAUGAUGCUCUUCAUGCUAAUUUAGAAGGUCUUGUUCAAGAGAGUAACAAUCCGUUUUUACAGAGUUUAUUUGCAUCUAGUACAUUGGGAAAUACUAAAGGAAAAUUAAACUUCAUAAGUGUAGGAUCAAAAUUCAAGAGUCAGUUGGCAGAGCUUAUGGAAAAAUUGAAAAACACAGGCACAAACUUUGUUCGUUGUAUUAAGCCAAAUGAUAAAAUGAUUGAUCACAUGAUAGAUGGAGGUUCUAUAUUAUCCCAAUUACAAUGUUCUGGUAUGACCAGUGUAUUAGAACUUAUGCAACAAGGAUUUCCAUCUCGUGCUCCUUUUCAACAGUUGUACGACAUGUAUAGGCAAAGAUUACCUCCUAAGCUUGUUAAACUUGAUCCUAGAAUAUUUUCUAAGGCAUUAUUUAGAGCAGUUGGUGUUAAUGAAGGGGAUUACAAAUUUGGUGUGUCUAAAGUCUUCUUUCGUCCUGGUAAAUUUGCUGAAUUUGAUGCUAUAAUGCAUUCUGAUCCAGAAAACUUAAAACAAAUGAUUGAUAAAGUACAAAAAUAUCUAACAACAUUGCAUUGGAAACAGUCACAAUGGUGUACAUUAGCUGUUAUUAAACUUAAAAAUAAAAUAUUAUACCGCCGAGAAAAUUUAAUUACAAUUCAGAAAAAUGUCCGUAUGCAUUUAUCUAAAAUAAAGCAUCGUCCAAGAUAUAAUGGCAUAAAAAAUAUUAAUAGCCUAAAAACUAUGCUAAAUGAAAUGGAGACUUUAGCAAACCAGCUGAAAAAUGAUAAUGCAAUUUACUUAUCUGAUACAAAAAAGUUAAGAUUAGAACUUGAUAAUGCUAUACGAAAAAUUAAACAUAAUGAAAAUAUAAAAUCUUCCGAUAUUAGUGAAACAUAUAAUAAUCUGGUAAAAGCAGCUAAUGAACAAAUGGAAAAUUUAAGGAGAAAAGCUGAUGCUGAAAGAAGCGCUGAAGCUGAAAAACAAAGGUUAAUGAAAUUACAAAAAGAAAUGGAAAGAGUCAAGGCAUCUAAAGAAAAAGAAGAAAAAUCUAAAAUUGAAGAUGAAAAAAUUAGGCAGAAAAAAAUUGAAAUUGAACUAAGACGUAAAAAAGAAGAAGAAAUGCAUAAGAAUGAUAUAUUUCUUAGUCCAGAAGACUUGGAGAAAGCAGCAUUGGCAGAAACUAAAUUUAGAGAGCAAAUUGAGCAAGAACGGCGAGAUCAUGAAUUAGCUUUAAGAUUAGCUCAAGAAACAAAUAGUUUUGUUGAAGAUAUAUCUAAUACAUAUUCAAAGAAAACAUCACCUGUCGAGCAAACUUCUAGCAAGUAUGAUUUAUCUAAAUGGAAAUAUUCAGAACUGAGAGAUACUAUAAAUACUUCCUGUGAUAUUGAAUUGCUAGAAGCUUGUAGAGUUGAAUUUCAUCGUCGUCUUAAAGUAUACCAUGCUUGGAAAGCAAAGAAUAAAAAACGUUCUUACAUGGAUGAAAAUGAAAGAGUCCCUCGUUCUAUAAUGGACACUGCUAACCAGUCCAAGAGUAUUAAACAGGUACAAAAUAUUAAGUCACAAUCUAUAGUACCAUUAAGUAGUCAACGCUAUUUUCGAAUUCCAUUUGUAAGAUCAAAUACUUCUACUAGUCAAAGUUCAGGAAGUGUUGACCACCACCGUGGUUGGUGGUAUGCUCAUUUUGAUGGCCAAUAUGUAGCUAGACAAAUGGAAUUACAUCCUGAUAAACCAGCAAUUUUACUGAAUGCAGGACAAGAUGAUAUGCAAAUGUGUGAAUUGAGUCUUGAUGAAACUGGACUGACUCGAAAAAGAGGUGCUGAAAUAUUAGAAAACGAAUUUAACAAAGAAUGGGAAAAAAAUGGUGGAAAGCUUUAUUCUAACAAUAAAAUCAAGAAUUAAUUAUUUUAUGAAAUUAUUUUCUUAUACAUUUUGCAUUCCUAAUAUAAUCCAUAAAUCUCAUUAAAACAUUCCAUUCAAUUAUUUAAUUUUUUGAUAAUUUUAAUUUUAUUAUAGUGUUUUGUUCCUAGAACUACCUAUUAGGAUGGAAUUAUUAUAUGAUUUAAUAUGUAUUUUUUAUUAUUUCAAUUCCUAGUUAAAUAUUUUCUGCAUAGUUUUUGAGAACUUAAUAUAUUGUUAUGUUUAAUUAUUAAUAUUAAUUUUACUAAUUGUUUAACAAUUAAAUUAUCAAUUUUUAAUUUAGUUUUUGUUGCACAAAAUAAUCUUUGAUAUUUUUCAAGUUAUAAAUGUACUGUGAUAAAAGGAUUUGGGAGUUUAAACUCAUUUAUUGUUGUUUUUAUAAUAAUUUAUUUUUGAGUCAUUUUACCAAAUACUUGAAAUUUAACUUCAAUUAAAAAUAUAUGAAAAUGUUAUGAUUGCAGUAAAUAAAUAUUUGAAUUAUUA